UUAGCCUCAUAAAUUAAAAUAUGGUUAAAGUAAUUGUUGCAGGUGCAGGAAUUAUGGGCUUGUCAACUGCAUAUCAUUUAAAAAAAACAAUUCCUGAAAUUGAUGUAGUAGUAUAUGCAAAAGACUUUAGUCCUAAUUUGACUAGUGAUGGAGCUGCAGGUUUAUGGGAACCAUAUAUACCUGGUGAGACAUCUAUAGAACUUGUUUCGAAGUGGUCUCAAUCAACUUACGAUUAUGUGCUUGAUAAAAUACGAACUGAUCCUGAUUCUGGAAAUUAUGGUUUGAUGACAUGUCUUGGGUAUAAUUGUAGUACUAGCAGUGACUUUCAGCUUCCCUAUUGGUCGAGCAUUCCAUUGGAUUAUCAUUUAUUGAAUGAGCGCGAUGUGGCAAGAAGAUUUCCAUCAUGGAUUAAAUCUGCUGCAUCUUUCACAUCAGUGUUCAUUGAGGGAACAAAGUAUUUACCAUAUCUUACAAAAAAAUUUAUUGAGCUAGGUGGUCAACUAUGCCAAAAAGAAAUUUAUUCAUUGGAUGAGGUUAAAGCUAAUUCAAUAAAAGAGUUUCUUAUUGUAUUUGAAGACACUGGGCCUGAAAUGUGUACAUAUGUCUUACCAAACCAGGAUUAUGUAAUUCUUGGAGGAACCAAACAAUUAAACAACUAUGAUUUAACUCCAAAUAAUGAAGACCGUGAGUUCAUUUUAAGAACAACAUCUUCAAUUUAUCCUUGCCUAAAAUCAGCAGAGGUGCUUCAGGAGUGGGUUGGUUUGCGCCCAUGUAGAAAAUCAAUGCGAGUUGAAAAAGAAAAUUUUGUUGUUAAAUCAAGUAUAGGAUCAGAAAACAUUUUAAAGGUCGUCCAUAAUUAUGGUCACGGAGGUAGCGGUUUGACUGUUCAUUGGGGAUGCGCUCUUGAAACUGUCAAAUUGGUACAAGAGUUUUUAACCGAAAUUAAAAUAAAAAAAUAAAUUGCGUAUAAAAUAUUUAAUAUUUUUAAAAUAGAAGAAAUGGGAAAUUAUAUGUAAAGUUUUGUAAAAUUAAAAUUUAUGCUAAAAAGUCGCAUUUGUCUUUAU